AGGUUACAACGACGCGCGAAUACAUGAAUAAUAAACUCAACUUGUUUUAGAAUUUAAAAAGAUUCCCGAUGAAGAGAAACUGCAAAAGAUCAAGCCACUCUUGAAAGGUAAAUGAUGCAUCAUCCAUAAGCAUGUUGUUGACAUUUUUAUAUACAUUAGCUUAUCAAGCUGAAAUUGACAACAUCACUAAACGUACCAAGUUUUCAGAAAGCAGCUUUCUGUCCAUUUACAAAUUAUUGGCAGACGCACCUGAUCCAGCUCCAUUAUUUGAGGCUGCCAUAGAUCAAAGUGCUAAAAUAGUAGACAAUUCAGUAUUACAAAACGAGAACUCAUUAUUAAAAGAGCAGCUCGAUAAAGCCAAUAAACAACUUGCAGAUUCAGAAAGAACAAAUACAGAGUUGGCUCAAAAAUUGUCAUCAGUAUGAAUUUGGUAUAGUUUAUGCAUUUAUUCAUCAUUUUUUGUAUAGUUGAAUGAAAAGAGGGACGCAAAUACAAUUGAGCAAGAAAUAAGAGAUCAGUAUAAUGAUAGGAUACGACAGUA